AUGGCCCGCUUUUCGUCAGCAGAAAGCGAGGACCCAACAUGUAAAUCAAAGUACCACCAUUUGCAAGCCUACCAGGUGAUAUCACUAUUCCAACGACACCUCCCUGACCUGCAACUUUCUCCAGCGCUUUAUGGCGUCCAUGGCUUCAAUUUACGAGAACCUUUCAAAGCGGGGCAGCAAAUUCUGACUGUUACACACCACCGACGAUGCCUUGGAAUUGCAAGACUGGCACAACCCUCUCUCCAGGUAUUUGACAAGAUGGCCCUCUUCAUCCACUUCGGCUGUGGUUUGAUCUCGAAAAGCUCUCAAACCUAUAGUUCCCCCUCUAGAGUCACUGAUGAGAACUCUAACCUCGAUAUGGAUGUUAGAUAUCUUCGUAAUUAUGACUUUCACAAACCUCUCCUAGCCGAAGGCGAAAAUGGAAGCAUAGCUCUACUAGCUGAGCGAUAUCGAGAUGUCGCUGUCGAGCUCCUAGAAAUGAUUGAUGAACUCAAGCCGAAAUGGCAGACCGCUAAAAGUCGAAGUGGGUUAGCUUUCGCCGAGUCGCCGACCACUAAGGUCCAUUCGAAAGAAGGAGGAUAUGAAGUUAUUGUAAGGGAGGCUAGAGGCGUUUUGCGAUUAGUUGAUGAUAUAUCCCGCAGUGGCGGAUUUCAAUUGGUACCGGCCAAUGUUAGUUUCAACUAUCUAAAAUAUAGUGACCCACAAUUUCAAGCCCUUGGGAUACUGGAUCAAGUGCACACCGAGAAUAUCCAAAGCGAAUUCAAAUCCACGGGCCAGAUAAGGGAUAUGGCCAUGGCACCCCGUGGUAUUGAGAGCGUUUUACCAAGUCUCGAUACCGAAGUGGCUUUGAAGGACCUCCGGCAACGAUUCCUCGAAUUCCAUUCCCAACUCGAAUCGCUGUCGAAAAGUCACUUGAUACUGAAAUGCCUCCGCUUUCCGUCCAUGGCUGUUCAGAAUUCUGCCAAACGGCGAGGGCAUAUAUUGGAUUUCAGGAAAGCCAGGUCAGUCAUGAUCCAGUGUGAUUAUUUCCUAAUGCUACAUGGCAUAAAAUUCACUUUCAACGCCCACCACUCGACAGGCUCUGAGAAAUUGAUGUUGAUGAAGUAUCUAGAAGAUUCAGAUCAGGUAAACUGGGCGCUCCAGGAAUGGACCAAACCGAGGACCGAGAUGCAGAAAUCCUUACAAGGCCUCCUGCAGUUGCUUCUUUACACAAUCCUAAACGCUCAGCCGGAACUGGUUCCAAUCGUAUCCCAGAGCAGCUUCGCCAAACCUUUGCCACACUUAAAGAACAAAGUUGAAUCCCUAUCAGCUUCUAUCUUCACUGGCUAUUAUGAAGUUAUUGCAGUUCUUGUGCUUCUAGCUAUGGCGCCAUGGGCGAAACUUUGCGUUUCAAGCCGACUUUGUAAUUGUUUUGAGUUCGCCUUUGGAAAUUGCAUAUCAUCCACUGCUUAUCUCUUAAUGAGAACCUCGAACACUGAUUCCAGCUACCAUUUAGACGAUGCGAUCCACAAUAAAGAUCAUUUGGAGGUAUCAAAAACUACGAAACACCUCAGCCACAACGACAUAGUAGAUUUCCUCCAUCGAAUCAGGUCCAAGAAAGGCUGUCAUCCAAGGCGCCUCCCCAUUUCGAGCCAUAUGUCAAAAUCAACCGAGCUUUCUAGCAGAAGCCACAUUGGAUUCCAAUUUCAUCCAUUGCAAAGCAUACGUAACCGUGAUUCAAGGGACGAUUAUGCAAUCAAUGGUCACGUGGAGCUUCUUACGGUGCGGGCCCUGAGCGUGGCAAACUUCAGCCCUUUUUGUACAUGGCCUUCAACGGUACCAUCCGUUAGUACACCGGGCCGUAUAAUACUGCGGUACAUCAAAAUUUGUCCUGAUUUUGGGUGGAGUAGAGGUGCCCGCGCGGCCGCAGGAGGCGCAGAGGGCGCAGGGGGCGCAGAGGUUGCAGAGGGGCUCAGAGGGGCCUUAGGGAAGCCAGAAAUAGUGAAGAUUAUGCAAAUCUCGCAUUUUUUGUUAGCAGUUUGCUAA